UUAGCGACAAACGCUUUUAUGAAUCAAAGCACAUUAGAUCUUGAUCUAGAAUCUAGAUCUAGACGUAUUUUCUUCACUUCAAUUUCAUUUAAAUGCUUUUUGCUAUUAUAAAGUCUAGGCAUAGAUCUAGAAUAAUAAAUAGAUAAAAUGGAUAAUAAAAAAUUAGUUGAGAGAAAAAGUCGAGGAUUAUCUAGGUCUAGGAGUAAAGACAAAAAGUCACGAAAACGACACUCUAAUUCUUCAAGUACAGAAUCUUCUCCCACCUCCAACAGUAGUGGGUCUAGUAGCAGUAGCGAAAAUGAAAGUAGCAGCCCACAUUCUAGAUCUACAUCAUCUUCUAGUUCAUCUCUUUCAGUACUGCAACUUUCCAAAAAGCGGAAAAGAUCAUUGUCUAAAAAAAGUAAUAAAUCGUCAAAAUCUAAGAAAAAAUCUAAAAAGAGAUCAAGGUCAUCUUCAGCUCCUGCCUCAGCAUCCCCAGAGAAGAAAAAAAAAGUUAAAAAGAAGAAAAAAAAGAAAACCAAAAAUAAACAAAAGAGAAGAAAAAGCUUGACUCCUGUUGACAAUUUAAAGUUAAAAGAUGUGAAGAUUUUGCCCAUUGCUCCAACAGAAGACGUUCCAACUGGAAAAAGAUCAGGUCCAAAGCCACGUGUUAUGAAACCUAUGACCAAAGAGGAAUGGGAAAAACAACAGAGUGUUGUUAGGCGGGUUUAUGAUGAGGAAACAGGCAGAGAGAGGCUGAUCAAAGGAGAUGGAGAAAUUUUGGAAGAAAUUGUCAGCAAAAACCGCCACUUGGAAAUAAACAAGACUGCAACAAGAGGCGAUGGCCAGCACUAUGCAAAACAAAUGGGUUUAUAUUAGGCUGUUCCAUCAAUUCUAAAUGAUGGAUUAUUAUUUUUUUGUGUCUGCUUACUAGACUGUUGUUUUAGCAUCCAAGCUGUUUUAAGCAAAUGUAAAAAUAUUUGACCCAAUAAACCAAUGGAGUUACUGA